AUGUCUUUAUAUAGUGUAAAGACAUGAGAGGACAGUCCUGAGUGUGCAUCCACUCUGCUGAAGACACUUUGUGCAGCAUCCUCCACUUCUCCUCAUCUCCACGCCAUGGCCGCACCGAGCCAUCUUCUCUCGCUCUUUCUGGGGCUUCUGGCGGGAAGCCUCCUAACCGAGGCGACCUACUACCGGCCCCACCGGUACUUCCCUCACUUUAUCCGCUUCCGGGAGCCAUCCGCCAACACGGAAAACCACCUCCCGGAGGUCUACAACCCGGCGCCCCGAGCGCCUCAUCCCGGCGUGCCGCGUCAUCCCGUCAUCCCUGAAGUCAUCCACCCUUCACCUCUGAACAUCCAGACUAUACCGGAGGCUUUCCACCCGGUGCCAGAAGUCGUGCAUCCCGCGCCCGAGUCUUACCACAGGUCGGCACCGGAAGCCCCCUCUCCAGUCAACAUGAGCCGGGUCUUCUAUGGCGUCAUGUUUGACGCGGGCAGCACCGGCACCAGGAUCCACAUCUAUAAAUUCAUCCAGAAAGACCCAGUUGAGCUGCCAGUUCUGGACAAUGAAAUGUACCAUGCCGUGAAACCUGGACUUUCUGCUUAUAAAGACAACCCUCACGAGGGCGGCAACACGGUGCGUCAGUUGCUGAAGAUAGCCAAGAGGACAGUGCCAGAGGAAGACUGGAGGAGAACCCCGGUGGUCCUGAAGGCCACAGCGGGUCUGCGGCUGCUGCCCGAAGACAAGGCCAGUGCUCUUCUGAAGGAGGUGCAAAAUGUUUUUCAAGAGUCACCCUUCUUUGUGCCACACAACAGUGUCACCAUCAUGAAUGGGACUAAUGAAGGAGUCCUGGCAUGGGUCACGGUGAACUUCCUUACAGGCCACUUGUAUUCAAACACAAAGAGGACAGUGGGCAUCCUGGACUUGGGUGGAGGAUCUACACAGAUCACCUUCCUUCCAAAGUCUAAGAAAACCAUUCAGUCUGCUCCCCAAAGCUACAUUGCCAGAUUCGACCUGUUCAACAGCACAUAUCAACUCUACACACACAGCUACCUUGGCAAUGGACUGUACGCAGCUCGGCUGGCAACUCUUGGAGCACUGGGAGCUGAUGGUCUGGAUUGGAAAAUUUUCACUAGCUCCUGCCUGCCGAAGAAGUUCAGCGAAGAUGUGACAUUUGGUGGAACCACUUACAAAGUCAGCGGUGUUCCAGAUGGCUAUGCAGGCUACAAGCUGUGCUACUAUGAGGUGAUGAAAGUCAUCAAGGGGAUUGUGCAUCAGCCGUACGAGGUGAAAGGCAGCAGCAUCUUCUACGCUUUCUCAUACUACUUUGACAGAGCUGUGGAGUCGGGUCUCAUUGAUGGCAGCCGAGGUGGUGCGAUUGAAGUCAGGGAUUUUAAGAAGCGAGCCAAAGAGGUGUGCAACAAAAUGACCAAAUACCGUGCCAUCAGCCCCUUCCUGUGCAUGGACAUGACGUACAUCACCUGUCUGCUUAAGGAGGGCUUUGGCUUCAAGGACAGCACUGUGCUGCAGCUGGCAAAAAAGGUGAACAACGUGGAGACGAGUUGGGCUCUGGGCGCCACCUUUGACUACUUCAGGAACCUCAACAUCCACUAGGGGCAGCUCAAGGUCAUGGCAGCCGGCACUGAGAGGGACACAUUUGUCACAGUGAGGCUUCCCUCCCUCCGCCCACCCUCACAAACAUCCUCAUCAUCAGUACCUGGCAAACACGACCAGAACUGUUCAGAAAAAAUAAAUCACUAUAUUUUUAUAAGGCCAGCUAUUUCUACUGUAUGUUGAGCCCAUGGCUGCUGGGCUGACUUUAUUUUUGUAAAGCGUUUUUGCUUCCUGAUGGGUGUUUUCAGAUGUGUCCUCACCUGCCUGUCGAGCGUGUGGUCUUAGUGUGUAGUCACGGUGGUUUGAUGCUGCCUGGUUGUGGGCUGCUCCAUACACGACAGUGUCAUGGAGGUCAUUGUAAAUGCUUCCUUUUCAUUGUAGAUGCUAACAAUUUCACAGGAAACUCCUCACAGACAAGGUCGACAAGCAGUUGACAAGCACGCAAACACUUUAUUUGUAGGCAUUGUAGCUAUUCAUCAUUUUUCAAGAGGUCAAAGGUUGCUCUCGCAGAGUGUGUGUGGUGGACCUGUAACCUGCAAAUUCAUUGAUUUAAUUUAGUCCAACCCUUAUUGUUUGUGGUGCCAAAUAGUCAGAAUGCACCUUGGUUACAUUGCAAAGGCCCCAAAAUCUGAGCAACUUCUCAUCACAUAUAGUUAACAUCAUUUAACACUACACCAAAAGAAAUAGAAAGUGAGAACUAGCAUCUAAAUCUAUGAAUUUCAAUUUGUCACUUUGAUUUCUGCUUCUUCUUUUCUUGUGAACUGUACAAAUAUUUAAAUACCUGAAAAUAUAUUUAAUGUAUUUUAAUUUGUUUUUUUUUACUGAUAUCUGCUAACAUUUAUUAGCUAUAAACGCUUUUUUUGCUGUCUUUCCAGUAUCCAACAUGCUCCAUAACUACUGUUUUGUGCGUGUGUGUGUGUGUGUGUGUACAUAUAUAUAUAUGUAUGUAUGUAUUAUAUAUAUAUCACUAACACUUUCAUUGGCCAGGAAGUGCUAUGAAAUGCCAAAACAUUUUUAUCAUAUGUCACACCUUUAUGUUGAUCAGCUGAAUA